UCCUCUGCUACUUAUUCGUAGCCCUAGCAGUGACUGCGUGGAGCUUCCACGCUGCAACUCCAAGGACCUUCCUCCUUGAGCCUGCACGACCUGCUGUGACAGCGAGCAGCCUUCUCCUGACUCUUCCUCCUGAGGAUUUAGAAGCAGAAGGCAGUUCUACUCCCCUACAAAGGAGCUGGGCAUUGCAGCCAUGAAGUACAUGUUGAACCUCUAUCUGCUGGGGGUCGUAUUGACCCUGCUAUCUAUCUUUGUUAGACUGAUGGAGUCAGUCGGGAGCUUACUGGAGAGCCCAGUGCCUGGGAGCCCCUGGAUCGCCAGAGGUCAGCUAGCCAACACAGAGCCUCCCAAAGGCCUUCCAUACCAUCCAUCUGGAGGAGUACAGUAA